UGUUAGAUGGCAUUAGUAUACGUUUAAAAUACCGCGCAAUGUCGUACACCUUUCGGAGCAUUUGGAGCAAUUCGAAGCACCUUCAAGCAUUUCGAGAAUUUAGUUUAUUUACUGAUUAAUUUAGAAUAGGUUUUGUGAAUAUAGUGCUUUGCAAUAAUAUUUAGAAGAUCGUCAAAUUGCGAUUCAUUGCGAUUGUCGUUUCUCUACAUAUCCACCUGCGAAUUACGACAAUGUUUGGGAGAGAAGCUAUUAAGCUUAUAAUGGAGCUCGAUAUGCACGAAGAUAUUCGACCAUUUAAUGAACAGGUGAUGCGACAAGUUUUUGAAGAGAUGCAAAUGCUUUAUGAAGCCAAUACAACAGAUAGUAAUGCCAUACAGAACGAAGGGCACCACGCGUUGUUACCGUCAGUGCAUUUUCGCCAUACGGCUCUGGUCAGAAACCAAAGGUGCGUGCUGGCGUAUCUGUACCACCGAGUUAAACGAUUACGGCAGUUGCGCUGGGAAUUGGGUAGCAUCCUACCGACCGAGAUAACCGCCAACUUACUGAAUGCGGAAAUGCAAUGGUUUCAAAACUACAACAAAUCUUUGGCCACCUACAUGAGAUCGAUAGGCGACGAUUAUGGAUUAAAUCUAACUAUGAACAUGAGCCCUCCAAAGACACUCUAUGUCGAGGUGAAGUGCUUAAGUGAUUUUGGCAAGCUGGAACUCGACAACGGCGAAGUUAUUACACUUAAAAAGAAUACGUAUCAUCUGUUACCAAGAGCUGUGUGCGAGCCGCUUAUCAGACAAGGCGUACUCGAGCACCAUAACACGUGAUAAUUGUAUGAUAAAAACAGUCUCCUUAUUUCCAUUAUUUUUUUAUACAUUAUUAUAUUGUGUACUUUUGUGCCACACACAGCACUGCCAUUUGCAAUUGAUUUUGUCAUAAUUUUCUAAUCUUUUAUUACAUAGCUUUAUAUUUUAACCAUUAUUUGUAAUAAAAUAGAAUCUGUUUCAAAUUAAUUAAGAAAAUGUAAUAAUUUAGAUGUAUUGCAGACGCUGACUCUCACAGAUAUUUACCUCAAUUUACUAUUGUUAUUAUAGGACGUUAUCCAGCAAAAGAUAGUGUAACAUAGUGAAUUAUUUUAUUUUUAUUAACAUUAACAAUUAACAAGGAUUUCAUCCUUGUUAAUUGUUAAUGUUAAUAAAACAAGAGACACAGUUGACAGUAUAACACAAUUUAUUGUGUUAUACUGUGUCAACUGUGUCUCUUGUUGAAAAAUGCUCAUAUUAUCGGAACAUUUUUAUGGCAAUUUAAACAUGGAUGUCACUUGGUAAAAAAUUAGGUCACUGUAUAAUAUAUCAAAUAACAACGAAAUAAUAUUUGUUCAAGAGAUUAAAUGGGAUAAAGUAUGAAACUGA